AUGCGCGAAUCGGUCUCAUGGGACACCUUCAAACGCAAUGUGCCAACAACUUAUACUUCUUCUCCCACUGUCACCCCUGCCGCAAAUCCCGCGCCGACCGCCCCCUCAUCGCAGCCGAUCACACUGUCGCUGCCCACCGCCAUCGGCCACCGACACCAUCGCCAACCGCCAACCUACGCGUCGGCCACAGCAACCACCACAACCACCACCACCACCGCCGCCGCCGCCGCCGCCGCCGCCGCCGCCACCACCAACACCCCCACAUCCAGCGAUGUGGGCUCGGUCCAAACCUGUCCUUAUUGCAAUCGCACACUCACCUAA